UUACGUAUGGCAGACAAUAAUAAUAUUACAAUAUUCGCCCGUCGCUGCCCCGUACAACACUACAGUAGUACAGUACAUUCAGACUUCAGUAUAGUUUCUCGUCCGCUGGCAGUGUGACGUUGGCUCCUCGUCCGCCGCGAUUUCGUUGUCGUCGUGCAUAUAUUAUAUUUUAGUAUCCAACAUACUUAUUAAAGAGUUAUAGACGACGACGGCAACGAAGAAUUUAAUCGAUUUCGAACUGGACAUAAUAUCAUCUGCGCAGCUAUAUACAUAAUAUUUUAUCGUAUUAGGCACAAUACAAUAAUAUAUUAUUAUCGUAAUAAACCGAUUAAUUUUCCAAAACAUACUUAAGCCCGCGGUUGAUCGUGUACGGGAUUUUCGUGGUAACCAAAUAAAACCGACAUGGACCGACUGAGAGUGAUGACCGGCGCCCGGCGUUUGUUCAACAGACCAUUACACAAGUGCUCUAAAGCUUCGGCGGGCCACUGUCGCACGUCGCCGUCCUGGACUGCGUCCGGGUCGCACGCGCCGUGCACGACUGCAGUCGUACGCAUGUUCGGCGCCACCUCCUCCCGCUCCACCCCUUCGUCACCAACCGGACAGAUAAUCUUGGAAUCUCCGUUCGGCACCGUCAACCCCGUGGAUGUCACCCUGCCCGAUUACAUAUGGAGGAACGUAGACAAGUGGGAAGACAAACCGAUGAUUACGUGUGGCAGUAGUGGCAGAUCAUACACUUAUGGCGAAGGUCGCAUGAUUUGCAGAUUGUUUGCUAGCACUCUUAUUUCGAAACUUGGUUUGAAAAAAGGUGAUGUGGUUGGGCUAUUAUUGCCUAACCUACCAGAGUACGUUUUUGCCAUUCAUGGAGCCCUCGAAGCGGGACUAGUCGUCACUUUUGUUAAUCCUCUUUACACUCCCAUGGAGGUAAGACGACAAUUCGAAAACGCUGGUGUAAAACUCUGCAUGACGAUCUCUUUAUUACUUCCCGUAAUUCAAGAAGUAUUCCCUACUCUUAAAAGUUAUGCGGGUACCAUAGUAUUUGGUGGCGAAGAAGUUGCGAAUGAAAAAGCUCGCAUAUAUGAUUUCAAAACUUUAGUCUCAGGACAAACGCCUGAAGAACUACCAGAAUCAUUUGCCCAUGAAGUUGCCUUACUGCCAUAUUCUAGUGGUACAACUGGGCUUCCGAAGGGUGUAAUGUUAACCCAUAGAAAUUGUGCUAUAAAUUUGGAACAAUGUACAAACAAAGACCUCAUCAGUUAUGAACCAACAACUGACACCUAUCAAGAAAGAGUUCUUAGUGUUUUACCAUUCUUCCAUAUUUAUGGUUUUAAUGGAAUAUUAAAUGGAGUAUUAUCGCAUGGUCUUCAUAUGAUUACCAUACCAAAAUUUACUCCUGAAUCAUACAUUGAAUGUGUGCUUAAAUAUAAGCCAACUUUUCUGUUUGUGGUGCCUUCAUUACUGUUGUUCCUAGCCUCUCAUCCGUCAGUAAAAGCUGAACAUUUAAGCUCAAUCAAAGAAAUUACUUGUGGUGCAGCACCAGCAUCGAAAGGCCUUAUCGAUAAUUUCUUACUUAAAGCACAAAAAGACAUUAGAAUUAGACAAGGUUAUGGAAUGACCGAAUCAUCUCCCGUGUCUUUAUACACCAGAGUUAUAUUGCCUGAGAACAAAACUGGAAGUACAGGACAACUUGUACUAAGUACUCAAGCUAGGGUGGUCAGUUUAACCGAUGGCUGUGACUUGGGACCACAUAAAUCUGGAGAACUAUUGAUUAGAGGACCACAGGUGAUGGCUGGAUAUCUAAACAAUGAAAAAGCAACCAAAGAAACUGUGGACGAAGAUGGUUGGUUGCAUACGGGUGAUGUUGUUUAUUAUGACGAGGACGAAUAUUUCUACGUUGUAGACAGGACUAAGGAAUUGAUAAAAGUCAAAGGAAAUCAAGUAUCGCCAACUGAGUUAGAAAAUUUGAUUUCCCAGUUGAAGGGUGUCGCUGAUGUGGCUGUAGUAGGUAUACCAGACGUGCUGUCAGGAGAAAUACCAAGAGCUUUUGUUGUAAAGCAACCAGGUAUGGACAUUGAUGAAAAAACUAUAUUAAGCCAUGUUGAGAAGAAUGUAGUAGCAUAUAAAAAAUUGGCCGGAGGUGUUAAGUUCUUGGAUAUGAUUCCACGUAAUCCAUCUGGCAAAGUAUUGAGAAAUGAACUUAAAGUGUUUGGCAACAAUCCAAGCGAACAACCACAGAACUGAAUUUAAACGAUUAAAAAUAAAUUUUUUUUUAAUUAUAUAAAAUAUAUGAUUAAAUAUUUAUUUGUUACCCACGUUUC